AUGGCUAAGCUUACCUUGACCUCCAUCGUCAUUGCUGUUCUGGCUCUGGCAUCCAGUUCUCAGGCAUUCGUGGUCGCCCCAGCUAGUGCCACCAACUCUGCCUCCACCACCAGUUUGAAUCUCUUUGGUGGCCUCAAGGAUGCCUUUGCCAACGACGAGCGCCUUGACAAACCCAAGAAUGCCGGUCUGAGCGGCGGCCCCAACUACAAUGAACAGGUGACAGUCAAUGGUAAACCUGUUCCAGGCGCUGUGGUGGGACAGAAAUUGACCGUUGUGGCUGGAAGGGUCAGGGUCAAGAUCCCUGUCAAUUGCCAACAAGGAGACUGCGGGACAUGCAUGGUGAAUUUCAAUGGACGAAAAGUCAAGGCUUGCCAGGCAACUUUGCCAGCUGGAAAGGCAGUCAUCAAGACACUCUAG